GGACAGUUAGUAAGAGAGCGGUAAAGUAUGCUAAUCAAAAUUCCAAGUCCGCUAUUGAUGACGUAGAAUGUACGCGACACAAAUUCGCGCUCGUUCAGAAUGGCAACAGUACAAGUAAGCGAGGCGGAGAAAGUGUAUAUUUUACACGGUAUACGGGAUGACUUGCGAGUGGACGGAAGAGGCUGUGAGGACUACAGACACAUGGAGAUAGAGACGGACGUGGUGUCCAAUACAGAUGGCUCAGCCAAAGUUUGCCUGGGACAUACAGCAGUCCUAGUUGGAGUUAAAGCAGAAAUCGGGAAACCUCGGCCUAUGGCUCCAAAUGAAGGCUAUCUCGAGUUCUUUGCUGACUGUUCAGCCAACGCAACCCCAGAGUUUGAGGGUCGAGGAGGGGAGGAGCUUGGGACGGAGCUAAGCAACACGCUUUACAAAGUGUUCAACAACAAGCGCAGUGUCGACCUAAAGAGCCUGUGCAUCAUUGAGGGUGAACACUGCUGGGUGCUCUAUGUGGACGUGCUGCUCCUGCAGUGUGAUGGAAACCUGUAUGAUGCAAUCUCCAUAGCGAUCAAGGCAGCCCUCUACAGCACAAAAAUUCCCAAAGUAAAUAUGUCAUAUGAUGAAGAAGGGGGGAAGGAAAUCGAGCUGUCUGACGAUCCCUACGACUGCAUGAGGCUCAAUGUGGAGAGUAUUCCCUGUAUAGUGACUCUGUGCAAGGUGGGCCACAGGCACGUGGUGGACGCCACUCUGCAGGAGAAGGCGUGCUCCGUGGCGAGCCUGAUCAUCUCUGUAACGAACAAGGGAACGGUCACCUGUGUGAGAAAGAUGGGAGGAGGCAGCCUGGACCCUGAGAGCAUCUUUGAAAUGACACAGACAGGAAAACGUGUCGGAAAGGCUCUUCACAUGCCUCUCAUGAAGCUGCUGCAGGAAGAAGAAAGUUUGGGAGCAAAACGUCAGAAAGUUGGUUUCCUCGGUUAGGUUGAUGUCACCGUCUGCAUUUGUCAUAAUAUAUCAUCUGUAAUUAUGUGAAAUGUCUUUUUCAUGAGAGUGUAUGCUUUUAUAAAGUACGUAUCUCAAUGACUCAUCAUUUCAUAAUUUGACUAAAGUUUAAAAAAAUAAAACAGAAAAGAUUUGUAAUUUUGUCAUUGUAUACUGUAUAAUAAAUCUUUGUCCGUGUUUCCUUAACACAAAUGUAUUUGUUGCGGUCUGUUACAGACAAAUUUGAACUGUUACAGAAUAGAUUUGGUAAUUGUAUUUAAAAGGUUUUUUUGAUUUGACACUAUUUGUUCGUCUUCGCUCACAAACACAUAAGGGAGUCCGAGUGGCUUGUAGUUACAACUGCAGACAUCAGAUGGCAUUGUUGCUUUGCACGAGUCAUCAACAACUACAUUCUUACUUUUCAACAAAUUAACCUAACCUGCUAACAGGUACAGUAAGUUAACACAACCACUGGUGGGUAACAAUGAACAAGCGCAAACUACAAACACAUAAUUGAUAUUCACAAAAUCCUUGCUCAAUAUGUGUAUCAUGACGUGUAAAUUAUUAUUUUAUUGUUUUUAAAAGAGCACACUCAGGAGUCCCGGACACUUGUUUUGUCCACCUACACGCAUGCAUUCAAAAAGUAUUCACAGCACAUCCCUUCCCAGAUUUUGUUACGUUACAGCCUUUUUCCAAAAUGGAAUACAUUAUAUUUGUUCUCAACAUUAUACACACAAUAUCCUAUGAUGAUCAUGUAAAUUAUUGUAUUUUUUUACAAAUGUAUUAAAAAUAAAAAACUUAAAUAUCAUGUACAAAACCAGUGAAGUUGGCACGUUGUGUAAAUCAUAAAUAAAAACAAUAGAAUGAUUUGCAAA